CAAAUGUAGACCAAAAAGUAAGUUUUUUCCCCCAAUGACUAAUCACUGCGUUGAGACAUUUGUAAAGGCAGUAGAAAGGGACAUUGGAAAACUAGAAUGGUCAAAAAGACAUAGUAAAACCCUAAAUCUAUCUAGGGAGGAACGCGUGGCUUUGCAGACUUUGAAAGAUGAUACUUCCAUCAUCAUUAAGCCAGCCGACAAAGGUGGCGCUAUAGUGGUCAUGGACAUGGAAACAUACAGGGGGGAGGCACUCUCUCAGUUACAAGACACAACGCAUUACAGGAUAUUAGGUGGGGAUCCGACAAAUGAUUUGAAACAGAUGAUAGAUAAUCUAUUAAAGAUCAGUGAAGAAGCUGGUAUCAUUACAAACCGUUUAAAAAAAUUUUUGCAGGUUGAUAACCCCAUAAUACCUGUCUUUUAUCUUUUACCAAAGAUACACAAAAAUCUGCAGAGACCACCAGGGAGACCCAUUGUGGCAGGAAUGUCGUCUGUAUUUCAACCUAUAGCAGUCAUGUUGGACACUGUCCUCAAUCCUAUAGUGGUAUGUACUAAGUCCUAUGUUAAGGACACUACUGAUUUCAUUAAUAAGCUAAAUGAGAUUGAAUUGAACACAAAAGAUGUAUUUCUUUGCACAAUGGACGUCUCCUCCCUCUAUACCUCUAUCCCCCAUGAUCAGGGAAUCGAGGUUAUCACAGCAGCAAUGGCAGAUCUUGGAUUACCAGGGGGAGUGGUGGAUUUACUUCUACAACUUCUGGGAUGGAUCCUGAAAAGGAAUUAUUUCCUCUUUGAAGUUUUCACCCACCCUCUACAAUCAAAGGGCUACCAUAUAGCCAAAUGUUACGAACAAGACGCAUUGUAAGUGAAGAUGACAAAUUUGAAGAGAGAGCAGAAGAA